GCCAUGUAAAAUUAUUUAUCAUCAUCAUCAUCAUCAGUGUGAUGAGAACAGAGAAGAGGAAAGCAAACGAAGUAGUUGAAGACUGUUUUCCACAGGGAAGGGCUGGUUGAAAGUUAACUCGUAAAUGCUAAAAAUAAUACCCUUGUAUUUUCAUCAUAAUUAUGUAUCGUUUAGAUUGAAUAUUUAUUUUUACUCUUCUUUAGCUAUUUAGUAUACUAAAAUGAAUAAUGAUCAAGAGACUUUAGAAUCUUUUUUGGGCUUGUCUUCAUGGGAACAACAAUGUGUUGACGAGCAUGAAAAAACAUCAGAUAUAGAUAUUGAAUUGCAAAAUGCUAAAGAUGUAGCCGUUCAAAAACUGUGGUUUCUAUUUCAAAAUGCCGCAACUAGUAUUACUCAAUUAUAUAAAGAUCGACAAAAUGGGGUUUCUUUAUGGGUGCCUUUUCAAACAGCUGCCAGCAGUGUUACAAGCUUAUAUAAAGAAUGUAUAGAAUCUCACAAACCAUUGUAUGAUUUGGGAUUUCAAUCUGGUAAUCAGAAACGAAAUAAAGAAUUAUUGUCUUGGGUUAAAAAGAAAAAGAGAAAUAUUCGAAGAGAGGAACUUAUAGCUUAUAUUACUGGUCGAACUCCACCUGCCUCUAGAUUUGCUUGUCCAAAACCUCGUCUUGUUUUAGAUGGAAUGCAUAGUUCUCCUCAUCUAGGACAUGCCCAUCGUUUUUCUCAAUCUGAAGCUUCUGGACUUCUUACUCCCAGAUCAGAAAACCUUGAUAUGUUUCGUGAAGCUUUAGCGUUUUCAGCUAAUUUAAGACAGCAUAAUCCAGGAUCUCCUACGGGAUUGUCUCGAGUAAAUAGAUCCAGACAUUGUAACUCAACCUCUACUUCCCAUAAUGAACUGAGUGCAUUUAUUGCAGAAGAGUUCUCUAGACAUUCAAGAAAACGUUCUCCUUCGGUAGACGUCAUAAUGGACUCGCCAACCCAUAAACGUACACGCUAUUAUGAAUAACUUUUUAUACUCUUUUCAUAUGAGCACAUAAACUAAAAUUCUCAACCGAAUAAGCGCCUGACAAGUCUAAAUUCCCACUUCAUUGUGGAUUAUGUAACUCCAUUGUGUGAAUCGUUGAAAUACUAUGCAAGAGACAAUGUAUUAUAAUGAACAGUUGUUAAAAUUCCAGCGUUAAUUUGUAUUUUUCAUGCUAUUAUGUACAGGAUUUGAUUUUUUUUUGUUUAGUUGUUAUGUGACAAGUAAGCAUGCUGUUUAUUAUUAAGCUUGCUCAAUAUUUUUAUAUCACUUGUUUGUAUAUUGUUACAAAAUAUAGCUUUUUCCUUAUUUGUUUGUUUUCAAAGCUUUAAGUAUGUAAGUUUACCCCUUUAAAUAUUUUGUUAAUUUAUUAUUUAAUUUGUAAUAUCAAUAGAAUAUGAAUUUAAGGAAAUGGAUUUGCUAGUCUUAUUUUUUUUUUUUUAAUAGCAUAGUGGUAAUGUACAUUUUUUUUUUUUUUUUUUCNUUUUUUUUUUUUUUGUACAGAGUGAGAUUUUGAUCAUUAAAAUGUAAAGAUGUCAUGUUAUCAAAUAUUAUCACAAUUUUUUAUGUCUUGAAAUGAUUGUAUUGCUAAUUUUGUUUCGUUUAGUUGAUUUUAAAUUGAAUAAUUUAAAUAAUAAAGUAAAUAGAUUAUUUAAAAAAAAAUUUAAGUUAUUAGUUUUUUAAGUUUGUAAUUCCUAACUGCAGCAGAAAAAUGCUAAAUUUUCCUGUUGUUGCACUAUUUCUUUUAUUGCAUAGUUUUCAAUUUGUUUUAGCUAUUGCAAUUUCAAUUAAUUUACAAUAAUAUUAAAAGAAGCUGAAAAAAACUGAAGUGAAACUACUAAUCAGUUUUCUCUCUAAGUGUUUUUAGAAAUAAAGACACCGUCUAGUCUCUUUUAUCACCUCAUAGGAAUGUUUUCCAUUUCAAUUUAGAGAAAAUGAUGUUCCUUUUUUUUGUUUAAAGAAAACAGAUUGCAUCGUUUUGAGUAGCAGAAACCCAGAACUUCAGAAUGCCAUAAGUACUGAAAGUAAUUUGAUGCUGAAUUGAUGUUCAACAUUGUUAUUUGUUCAAAUAUUUAUUUGAGUAAUUCUUGAUCAAAUAAUUUUUAAGAUUAAUAUCUAUAUAGCUAAAUCUGUGCACCAUAAAGCUAAAGUUGCUCUUUUUUUAUUUGAAGGGAGGCCUUUUUUAUUUAUGAAUAAUAUAUUUGUAGUUCAGGAUAAAUUUCUGAGAUAAAAAUUAUACAGUCAUUUAAAUAAAAAUAGACUGCCUACAGCAAAAAUCCUUGAUUUGUAAGUUAUUCUUUGAAUAUUUUUUAUCAGAAACUCUUGACAAAAUCUCACUCUGUAUCAGUUACAAGUAUGGCAAGUAAUAAAUUGCUCAUUUAAGCUGACUGUAUUUUGUAUUGAAAUAUUCUUAUAAAGUGCCCAAGGCUUAGUCCUUUCACUUUCGUGCUAUUUGAGCAAAUUUGCUUAAAUAUUUCCUGCUAUACAGUUUCUCUUUUUCAUAACAUAAAGAAGCACUUACUUUGCAGAGUUUCAAGUUGACAAUUUAGGAGUUAGUCUUAACAUGAUAUAAUUCUUAAAAUUAUUUUUAUAAAAUCUAUUCAUUCGUAUCAGUUAAACUUUAGAAAAAAAUUAUUUUCCAAAAAUAUCCAUAAAGAAUUUGGUUUUUUUUUUUUGUUUGUUUUUUUCUACAAUGAAAAUUUUGAAACUGUAUUCUAAAUUAAUCAUUUUUAGAAUAGGGAGAAGAGGAAUAAGCCUUGAAAAAUCUGUGCCUUUUUUCUUUUUUCAAUUAAUUACUAGUUAUUUCAAUAGCUAUUUUUGUUUGUGUAGUUUUAAUAUGUUUUUAGACCUGCCAACUCUCAGACCUUUGGUCAGAGUCUUGCUUUUACAGGUUUUCUCCCAACUAAGUAUAAGAGUCACUAGACCAGUGCAUACUAUGCCUGCAACCCCUAUACUAUUCCACCAGAACAGGGAUGUUGUACCUAGUUUCAAUGUAUUAUUUUAUUAUUAGUUUCUUUCUGGUUUUAUUAUUUAUUUUUUGUUGCUAAAAAUCUCUGAUAAAAAAGAAAGAUAAGUGAGACUAAGUUUAACAAAGCAUGUAUGGAUGAAAUGUUUGAAAAAUGUAAAAGGUAGUAUCUAAAUUCUUGCUGAGGUAGCUAAUUUGAUUUCUAAGCACUAAAUUUUUUGCUGGUAGUUUUUCCAUGUUUGUAAAAAUUUAAGGAAAGAAUGACAAAAACUCCUAUCUUGGUAUUCUAAAACCUUAAUUUUGUGUUUUACAGUCUAAAGACAUUUAAGAAUUUUUUUUUCUCUAUAGAAUUCUUACUAACUGUAAAAAAAGUCUGUAGUAAAAAAAUUAAGUUUGAUAAACUUGUAGUCGCCAACUACAGCUUUCUCUUGAAAACAGAUUUAGGAGAUUUGCUGACAAAUCUCCUAAAUCUGUUUUAAAAUUUGGCAAGUUUGAAAAAGAUAAAUUUUUUUUUAUAUGUUAAUCUGUAGAAGAAUCUUCAUACAUAUAUUUUAAAGGAUUACAUUUUAUUAUUUAAAAAUCUUUUGGCCUGGCAUAAUUCCAAAUAAAGAUCUAUUAAAAAAGGAAAAAUUAUCACCCAUUCAUAAGGAAGAUUGGCUAAGCAUACUCUUCGUUUAAAACAGAAUAGCCCUGCUAACAUCACACGAUGGAAAACAUAAAAGAAGAAGACCAAGGCUUAUUUGACAAACAUACUUUCACCAAGAUUUAUGCAAAGCAAGACUAAAUAGAUAGAGGAAGAGGAUAGGUAUGUAGGUAAAAUUGUCAGUAUAUUAAAACAAUAGAAUUAAUAUUUUGUGGUUUAUAAGUAGGGUUGAUAAAGUUACCUAAAUAAAUUUAAUUUGAUGCAUGAAUUUAUUUGCUUUUAUCUUAAUAGCUAAUUAUGCUAUCCUGUGGUUGCAAAAUGGCUCAGACUUUUAAUUUCUGAGGUUGGCAGGUCUUUGUUUUUAUUUCUGUAUGCAAAUUAGAUUUUCCAAUUUUAAAAUGAUUUUAUUAAAUAUAAUAAUUGGUAAUCUUUCAAAAUAUAAGAUGUUGUAAGUUAAGAAAUUUAAUUAUUAAUUUACAGGGGCAUCAGAUUAAUUUUUAGAACAUAAACCUUUACAUCAGGACUUCAAGAAUAUUUUUAUAUGUUUUACACAAUUUUCAAUAAUCAAUAGGAAAUGUGCAAAGAAGAAAAAAAAAUUAAACAAUGUUUGUACAAUUGCAAAAUCUGGUUUUGAAAUUUGAACACUGAAACAACAAUUAUAGCUCUUUUCUUUAUGUUAAAACAUUUUUAUUUUUAAACGGAUUUUAAAUCUUAAGCCAUUGUAAAUUAUCUGCUUACUUAUUUAAUGAGGAUAUAAUGGUUAAAUUAUCAAUUCAGGUAUACACAACUUUCUUGGAAAGGAGAGCCACUAAAACGUGCGAAAUUAAA